AUGGCUCCCCGAAAGACUCUGUUGGCUCCUAUUCAUUUUAUUUUCAACUUGCUGCAGAAGCGCAGCACUGUAUCAGUAUGGUUGUAUGAGCAGCUUGCCUUCAGAAUUGAGGGAAAGAUCCGGGGAUUUGAUGAGUUCAUGAACCUGGUUAUCGAUGAUGCUGUGGAGGUUCGCCUCGCUACCAAGACAGAGGAAGAGAAGCGCAGGCCAUUAGGUCAAAUUCUCCUCAAGGGAGACAACGUUUCUCUUAUCCAAGCCGUUUGA